AUGACCGAGUUCUCCUAUCCCGCGCCGGCGCUCGAUUCCCCAGGUUUCUCCCGUGGCCCGGGCUCAGCUCAGACUCAGGCUCGUCCGUCGAGUUCGUCCGGUCCUCCCAACUCGGCGGGCGCAGCUUCGUCCUACGCCUCGAGCUCAUACUCGCCCUUGACCGAUCCUGCUGGCUCGUCGGCGUCAUCGUCGGCAGCAGCAGCGGCCAAUAAUGCCGCGCGCCAGCAUGCCUCGUCCGCGUUCGAACAUCUCGCCAACGCCGCCGCUCGUCAGGACGACGGCGACUCCUCGGCCGGAUCGGAUCGAGAUCAGAUGGCCUCCUCCAACUCUCGCCGCGUUUCGGUGCAGCUGCCUCGGCAUCACCUCCCUUCGCCAACGCACAGACUCCCUUCGCCCGCCCAGUCGCAAUAUCUCGCUCAUGCGCGCCAGUCGCCGCUCGGGGGCAACCACGAUGAGCGAGGAGAUCUGUCGCCCUUGUCGCAGAAUCUGUCUCACGUUCCGACGGCGGCCGGUCCCCCUCAACCAUCACCACCUCCACCGUUCGGCCAUGCCGUGCACUUCCAGGGUCAGCCCACACCGCAUAUCCCGGGUGCCAACAUUCGCAAUACGCGGCCCAUGACCGCGCCCUCGUCGGUUUCGGCACCCUACUUUCAAGGCGGCCCCUACGCACCUCACCAUGGCCACUCGGGUUCGUUCUACCCUUCGUCCAUGUCCUAUCCCUUCUCGUUGGGCCUCGACUCGGGCAUUUCACCGUCAGGGCUGCCCAUGGCGAUGCAUGGAGGUCACAUAUCUUCUCACGAUCCGCGCUCGUUCUCGAUGUCCGAGGCCGGGCACGCUCACAGCGAGCAUCAGCGGUAUAGCAGCGGUCCCGAAGAGCAUGGGUCGCCGUCGAGCAGCUCGAUCUUUCAAUACGGUCCCCCGCCACGUGCAAGUGACGCCGGCUUCUACCCUUCGAGCCAAGACCACGAUGGCUUCUCGCACUCUCGCCUCACAAUCGCCGAUUCGAGACCUGGCUCAUCCCACGCACAAGCCCAGACCCCACGCCGAGGUUCGGAAUUCUCCCCACCUUCGCAGGGUAAAGGCUCGAAUUCGGAAUCGCGAGGGCAAUCGGGGAGCUCGAGCAAGGUGUACAACUUCGUCACCGCCGCGGGCCAGACUACGAAGCGGCCUCGUCGUCGAUUCGACGAGAUCGAGCGCCUUUACGGUUGCGACUACCCUGGCUGCCAGAAAUCGUACGGAACCCUGAACCAUCUCAACUCGCACAAGACGAUGCAAAAGCACGGACCCAAAAGUACCCCUGCGCGUAAGUCUGUGUUCCCCCUUGUCAUAUCUCGCCGCUCCUAGCCGGUCCUACCGCUUGAGCGCCCAGACCCUCGCGUGCUGCUCUCCCCUAUCCGGGCCGAGCCACUUAGCGCCCUCCGCACGAGCCUAUCUGAUAACUGACUCAUCCUCGAUCACUCCCGUCGGCCCGUCUGCUCCUCUCUGCUCCUACAGAGUUCAAGGAGAUGCGCAAAGCGUGGAGGGACAACAAAAAGACGCAAGCCUCGCUCAAUGGUCGUAGCGCCAACAACUCGACGGCGGCUGCCUCGACCACGACUGCGACCAGUCAGGCGCAAACCAAAUCGAUCUACGGUGUGCCGUCGAAGGAUCGCGUUCGACCGGUCACCUCGGCUGGUGAAUACCACUACAACGCCCCUGCACCCUAUCUUCCCCCGCCGUCCACCUCGUCAAUCUACGGUAUACCCGCGCCGACCUUGCAGCUGCCGCCGCCGCCCCCGAGCAUGUACGAAGCACCUGCCCCGCCAAUCUUGUCCAACCCCUGGGCCAGCACCGGUCCGGCGGCGUUCCCUUUGCCACCAGCACCAGCCUCUGCUGGUUCCGACCUCUUGUACAGCCACGGCUCUUCGCCACAUCGACCCGUGACCGCGCCAACCUACUACAACCAGCACACGCCCUCGUUCGGGCUCCAACCCACUCGAUUCGGCUUUGGCAUGAACGGUGGCAUGGCUCCCGGUCCCGGUCCACUGCAGCCUGGUCGACGCCUGUCGUUGCCCGGUGAGAUCCAACAGCCGACGCCCAUCUUUGGAUUCAACGUUCCUGGAGGCGAGUCGGGCUUUUCGAGUAUUCAAGAAGAGGAGUCGUCGAGCUCGGCAGCCCAGGCCGGUGGGGAAUGA